GGGGCUAGUUGCGAGUUGCUUGCUUUAAUAUUAAAGGCUUGACAUGAAAUGCUGAGUGUGCACUCUUUGCUGCCACCCUUUAACGCUGUGAUCAAGGGCACACCCGCUCAGAGCUGGGACCAUGGCUAUUGACUGGAUUGGUUUUGCAUAUGCUUCAUUGCUGGCUUUUGGAGGUGUUGUAGCAUACACUCGUAAAGGUAGCAAAAUCUCUUUAGCUGCUGGUCUCACCUUUGGUUCUGUGGCUGGUUAUGGAGCUUACUGCGUAACAUGUGAUCCGAGAAAUGUGAAGAUAUCAUUGUUUUCAUCUUUUCUUUUGACCAUUAUAAUGGGAAUGAGGUUCAAGAGGUCCAAGAAAUUAAUGCCAGCUGGACUAGUAGCAUGCUUGAGUCUUUUGAUGAUUUUGAGGCUUGUUUUUAUGCUGCUGUAGUAGAAUUUAGCAACUCAAGACAUGAGUAUGACUGCCGUGCCCACCGAACAAACAGAAAUGCUCUCCAUAUUUUAAAACAAGUCUGAACACAAAUCUUACAUUGCAUUUAUCUUUUCUGUAAAAGAUCUGUACCUGUUAUUUGAUUGACAUGGGCUGAUAUUUUGCAAGCUUUUUUUAAAAAUUAAAACAAAUAUUUUGUUGAUAUAUUUUGAUCUACUUCCAUGUAAGCAGUCUGUUAACUCAAGGAAUCUUUCUCUGUAAGUUUGAUCUCUUUUAGGGGUGCUGAGCACCCCAGGAAAUUGAAUUAGUCUUGCACUGUAUCUCUGAGAGAAGAAUAUAUAUAAAUAUGUCUCUAUGCUAAAAAGAUAUCUUGUAUUGAAGCAUAAUUUUGUAGUUUGUGUAUUAAAUAAUCAGUUCUAAGUCAAUAAAGUCUCGGGCCUGUACUGUAUUGCACUAGAAAACCCUAACCCUUCCUUUCAAACACAUGUUCUUAUUCCACUGAGUCCAAAUCUAAAACCUAUUAUCAGUGUUCAAAUAAAAUGUAAAAUGUU